ACAAAAACACAGCAGAAAAUUUCUUUUAACUUUCUCUCUUCUGGUUUCCUUCAAAACCAACAAACAACGCUUUAGAGUAAAGAUUUUAAGAGUAGUUCUGUGAUAAAACAAAAGGCAAAGAGAAAGCUGAGACAAUGUCAAACAGAGGAAACAAGAAACGAAUAGUAGUAGAAGGAGGAAGAAAAUUAACAAGGCUCCAAGCCAAGCUGCUCAAUGAUCUUCCCAGAGAAGACUCUUCUGUUGCCACUCCAGUUCCUGGGAAAAAGGUGUCUGCCUGGGCACCAAGAUCUCGUCCUGCUUUGGCCAAAUCAAAUGACAAAAUGCUUUUUGAACAACAUGUCUCCUCACUACCAGUGAAGAGAAUGAAAGAAGCAGGAAAUGUUAGCAAACCAAGGCCAGAAAGACCAUCUUAUGAACAUGGUGAAUUAGAAGAUGACUCAAGUAGUAAUGCACAGGCAAUAAUCAAUAAUAUCCUUGGAUUGGUAGGCUAUUUCUUUUCUUGUAAAUGGAAGCAGUCAUAUGCAUGCAUUGCCUCUAAUGAAGUAACCAUAUAGUAUUUUCUACCUUUUUCCAAGAUUAUCCACUUGAUUCACCUCAGCAAGGGUAUCAGAAUGUCCUGACAUUUAGAUGCCCAUGUAGAUUCUUUUACUAUUUCUGUUCAAGUGAUUAACUAGUUUUAAGUUGUUUCUGUAGUUGGAUACUGCAAUUCCUGCUGACAGAGACAUUUAAUAUGACAAUUCCUGCUUCAGCUUCCUUCUUUGUGACAACUGAGCAAGUACUGAGAGGGGACCCCACGGUGGCAUCACAUGUUUCUGAGGAAAGGCCACAAGAGUUUGAAAAUCCUAACUCAAGGACUGACCAAACUCAGUCUUUGCUUGACAGAGAUUGUAGGCAUGUGCGCUGAUGAGGAUUCUGGUAUAGAUGAGGCAGAAUCUGCUGCCCUGGUCACAAUCUCAGGAACUUCAUAUAGAGUGAAGGAAGAAUUGGCUCCUAUUAUCAGCAGUAUUAUUAAUCACCAUGGAUUCAUAGCUGCAAAUCAUCUUAUUAAGUCACCAGAGGGUCGUUCUAUGGCAUUGUAGAAUCUUGCCGAGUUCUUAAAUUUCAAACAAAAAGUGAUACAUGUUUGGAUGUCAGCUGGCUCCAGCGAAGAGUGGAAGACAUCUUAGAGGCAAAGAAGUUGAUCAAGCAGUCUUCCACCUUGAAGGAGAAGAGGGAUAGAAUCCAUCAAGUCAUCAAAGAGAAGAAGAUUAAGCUAAAAGAACUUCAACAAAAAGUGAAUUUAGCACAGAAGGAAUUGGAAAUUGAGCAAGCUGAGGCUGAAAAUAUUAAGUCAAUUAUCUCAAAUGCUAAGGCCAAAGUGAAGUACUUUGUUGAUCAUCUACCAUUUGAUGGCCUCUUCUGAAUGUGCCUCCUACCUCUACUAUGCAUACUAGUAAACAAAUGAAGACACUGCGUACUAAUCUAAUUCUUUGCAGUGAACCUGAAGUUAUAUAGUGGCCAUUGAUAUUGUUUACUUGAAAUUAUAAUUCUCAACUGUCAUUCUGAGCAAUAGAAAUCUGCAACUGAAGAAAUCUUUAUUUUGUUUCUUGGUUUCAUAUCAUAAGAUUUCUGCUCUAAGCAUAUGGCUGAAAAUUUUGUCACUCACCACCUUAUGUCGUUAGAUUUUUUUGGUAGGAAGAAUG